UCCCAGCCAGCAGUCACUUGUUCACUGGGCAGCAGCGGAGGCGGUGACACGGGGAGGGGAGAGGCCGGAGUGACAGUAGGCGGUUCCGCCUCCCCAGGCUCACUUCUCAUCACUAGUCUCCCAGGUUGUAACAGGUCUCUACUGUCCAGAGACAUUUCACUAAGCAGAGAGAAGCCCUGCCUCAUUCUACAACACCCCUGAUGAAGUCGUUACUGACGAAACGCGUUUGAUGAUAAGUAAUUUGAGAACACAAGCUAACAAAAAAAGCUUCGCCCCAAUCAGGGGGCUCUCAUAGACUAAAGAAAGCUAUGUACUAAUUGAAUGUGUCAAUAUUUCAACAAGAUAAAGGCAAAAUGAAACAAAAGGACAAAAUCAAAGUACUGAAGUAUGUUUUUUUCAUCAUCAAUAUUAUACUACUGGUUUUAGGAAUGUUAAAUAUGGGAUUUGGCCUUUGGAUCAAAUAUGAUAAGAGAACUAUGUUCAGCUUUUUCGAACUGGAGCUCUAUACAUUCUAUACAUUUCCAAUUGUCUUUACAUAUGCUGUGAUUCUUGUGGGAGCUGCAACAUGUUUUGCAUGUUUUUUUGGAUUUCUGGGAGCUGUAAAGGAAGUCAGAAUGUUUCUAUUAGUGUUUGCUGGUUUGUUGUGCUUGCUGUUUACAAGUGAAGUUAUAAUUCAUCUACCGAUUCUGGUGUUUUGCCACAAAGGACUGAUUUUAAAUAUUUUUUUGGAAAAAAUUAAUGCGGUUAUUUCUCAAUAUACAAAGAAAAAAAUUAUUGGAAACGAGCAGAAGCUGGUCAUUCUAGAUACCAUACAGCAAAUUUCAAAAUGCUGUGGAGUUCAGAACUACACUGACUGGAUAAAUAUUUCCCUGGCUGAACCAUAUUACCUGCCAUGUUCUUGCACUAAUUCCUAUGUGAAUGACAAGUUCUGCAACACUAGUCACCCGGGAAUUUUUCAGAGUGGCUGCAAAGAUGCCAUUAUACAGUGGUACAAUAACAAUAUUGCAACUAUGAGUGGCUUAAUGUUUCUUCUCUUGAUAACUGAGGUUUUGCAGAUUGCACUGUCGAUAAUCCUUAUAAAGAAAAUUCACCAGUUAAAUAAAGUUAAUCAGAAAUCCUAAAAGUGCUGUAUUCCGUAGAGUGUAACAGUGUACCUUGGCUGAAGCCCUUUUCAAAUGGACACUGAACAAAUGUUUGAAGUAUCUUUGAAAAAGUAUCUACAGUAUGUCCGAUACAAAACGUGUUAGAUACACCUUAGCGGCAUCAUUUAAAGACUGGUCGGCUUCAUCAUUUCUCAUACCAGGUAGUGAAGACUAUCUCUAUUACACUUGAAUGGAAGAUGUGAGACACAUUGUGAGUAAACUUUUACUGAAUAUAACAUGGACCCUCCUUUUCACAAAGCCUUAUACAACUACUGAGAGGAGGACUUCCUUUAUGUGUUGCCAGCAUGCAGCUAAACUUUCCCAGGCUGCUGAGAUUGGAGGUGUAGGCAGUAUCAGUAGGAACAAGCUAUCAUUGCUCAUGAGAGAUCCUGCUGACGUUCUGCAGCUUAUUGUCCUCAUUCCUCCACUGGUAACUUAAUACUUAGACAUCCCUUGUGUUUAUUGCUACACUGAACUGUUGGAUAUAUUUAUUGGCAUCCUG